AUGCCGGGCCGCUGCCGUUCCGCGCUGCGUCACAAGAUGACGGCAGCGAGCCGAGGUGCGGCCGGGCCUGCAGUGCGGCGUCGGGAUUUGCGGGCAAACUGGCGAUGGAGUGCGAGGCUGCUGUGCACACAGCGCCUUGCUGUUGCAGAAGCUGAAGGAAUUGAGCCUUUAAUAAAGACCUUAAAUGCUGAGAGACACAGAGCCAUUGCUAAUGCUGCUGCAGUGCUAACAAAUAUGGCCAUGCAAGAGCCUUUGCGCUUACGUAUUCAGAGCCACGGCGUGAUGAGUGUGCUCACAGGGCCGCUACGUUCUGCCAGCAGCCAGGUGCAAAGCAGGGCAGCACUCACUGUGGCUGCCUUUGGUUGUGAUGCUAAUGCAAGAAGUGAGUUAAGAAAUGCAGGUGGAUUGGGACCACUUGUUGAGCUGCUACAUUCAAAGGAUAAAGAAGUCAGAAGAAAUGCCUGUUGGGCUGUCAUGGUCUGUGCAAGUGAUGAACUAACUGCUGUCGAACUGUGCGGGCUAGGUGCUCUAGACAUCCUAGAAGAAAUUAAUCUGUCAAGAGGGUGCAGAAAUAACUUUAGUGAAGCUGCUUUGGAAAGGCUACUUGAUAACAAUCUUUCCCAAAAGUACAGCCAAAUGGGAUAUUUAUCACCAAGUAAUGUCAUUACUGAUGGAUUCUAUGAUUAUGGUAAGAUAAAACCUGGUGUAAAACUUCUGUCUUUGGAAGAACUGAGUAUGCAAGAGCUUACUGACCAUCGGGCCAUAAUCUUCAUUAAUGCUAAGCCACAAGAAGAUGUCCUUGCAGUAGAGGAAAAGCCACAGCAUUUAUCUUAUGAACAGACUACUUUGUCACCUUUUACUUCAAGAAAAAGUAGUAGAGAAAAAGUAAGAAAAGGGAAAGGGAAGAAAGAGGAAAAAAUGAAAGGAGUUGAGAUUAUAUCUGAAGUCCAGGAUGAAAUAAAUCCAGAAGAUGCACAGUGGCAACCACCGCCUGACUUCAUGUUAAUGGAUUAUAUUAAUGAUGCUUCUAAAACAAUUCUACCACUCACUACUACUCGGGAGCAGGUUGUGGCUCUUGCACAGUUUGUUGCAGACAAAAUGGGUGGUGCAAUUGAAAGAGACAAACUACACGAUUUCAGCUGGGAACUACACAUAAGUGAAAUAGAAUUUGAACUGAAAUCCAACAUUGUGCCUAUUGGGAAAGUUAAAAAAGGAACAUUUUACCACAGGGCUUUACUUUUCAAGGUGAUAGCAGACAGACUUGGAAUUGGCUGUAGUUUAGUUCGUGGCGAGUAUAACAGAGGUUGGAAUGAAGUUAAAUUGGUUGAUGACUCUCCUCAAGGAGUAACUGGGCUUCUGCUUCCUCCUCAAGAGUAUAUUGUAGAUCUAAUGUUUGUGCCAGGCUUUCUGAUGAAACAAGAAAGCGUAGAGGCUGAUCAGUACAAAUAUAUUUAAUCACACCCAAAUUUCUCAAAAAUAAGCAUUUUAAGAUGAUUACAUGCUAUUAUUUAUGAAACAAAAGGGGGUUGCAGUCCAAAGAAAAAAUAUGUAUUUCUACAGACAUUUGCUGAAAGACGCUCUUCAUUUUCUGAGAAUUCACUUUAGAUAUCUGCAUUUGGUAUGUGGUUCUAAACAUAGAAUUAAACAUAUUUUACAUAACCAACCUCAGUUCUUAGAAAUUAGGUAGGGAGUGGAGACUAUUAAUGUUGAUACUAUAUUAAGACUAAAACUAAAAUUUAGUAGAUCAAGAAUAUUUGAUAUAUUGUGCUUAUUAAAUAGGUUUAAAUUAUUUCCAAACUACAUUUUUUUUUUCCUUAUGGUUCUUCAACAGUGUACUUUCUGCCUCUGGGGAAAACAUUCCAUUUAUAUUUCUUGGAACUUGCUAUAAUUAUGGAUAAUAUAUUCUAUGUAAAAUUAAAUACUGUUUGUCCUGGCACAGAGAAAAGAGAUGAUAAAUUAGUGCUUGCAAUCUCCCUUUAAUUUCUAACUGUAAGGAUUCUGUGAUUUCUACCUUUCUAAUGAAUGUGAACCAGCAAAGCAGGAGACUGAAGGCUGGUGGUGUUGUCAGUGGGAUUUUGAUAUGAGAGGACUUAAUGCCUUGACCCUGCACACUUCUCUGUGUUUGCUUGUUCUGCAUGUAUAGAGACUGUUACGGCAAAUAGGAUUCUAAGUGGAUAAUUUCAGUCUUUUUAGAUCAGUUUGCUGGCUCAUAGACAUUUCUGAGGGGUGCUUCUGUAGCUACACCUAGCUACUGAAAAAGAUUCUUCUAUUUUCCCCAAAGUAUAUGCAGAGGCAGCACGGAUUGUUGGCAGCAGCAUACCAGUGUUUCCAUGCUUCCCCUCUGUCACCCUUGGUCUCUGGUCAGUAGUUGAGCAUCCAGGUUAAUUUCCACUUGUUUUAUCUUUAUGUUAGCAAGGGACAACUGCUGUCUAAUUCACGGAAUUAAUGCAUUUCAGAUAGUUUCUGAUUUUACUAAUUCACCAGUAGCUCCUCUGCAUGAAUCUGAGCCUCUUCUAUUAUGUGACUCCCUUCUCCAAAAAUCCAACUUGUUAUCACCACAGUGUCAAAAUGGAGGCUGUGCAGAGGCAGCAGGCUUUUACUGGCUAGUGUGCCAACUUGGUUAAAAUAGAGAAGUGCAUUAAUACACUCAUUAUAUUCAUAGCUCUCGUGGUAGUUUUUACAAAGCCAUCUUCCCCCACAACUCACUGCAGUACCUGUUUUCUUCAGAAAACUUGAAAAUAAGCAAAAAAUUCCCCAGGCAAUGCAAAACCCCAAAACAGCAUGUAUAGAAACCCUUGUAUAUGCCAUCACAGCAAAGCAGAAGAAUAAAGGAGGGCAAAAGUCUAUCUGCCCAAGUCGCCUAUCUCCAGAAAUGAUCGAUAAAGCAAAGGUUAAGAACACGGCACAAAUACACUUCUGCAUUUCCAGAGCAGUUUGCAGUUCAGGGGCUGUGCCUGACGCAGAUGUCACCAAGGGGAGGAUCACAGGGCUCUGCUCCAGCACCUUUCCAUGGGCUUUGCUAGACUGCUGUGUGGCUGUGGGGUGUGAUUGUUUCCUGCUCUUUACCAGUAUGGCCAUUAGAGCAGAACUUUGCUGAUAAAUGAAAAGCUCUUUAGACCUCUUAAUGAGCUAAUUAUUUUUCUAUUAUAAAAAUGCUACCUCUGACACUGAAAGAUAUCAAGUAUUUUGGGAUGACUACCUGGCCUUCCUUGUCCGCUAUCACCAGGCAGGAUUCACACUUCAGAUACGGGUGGUGUAUGUGCAGCAGUGCCAGCAAUGUGGGGGCAAAAAUGCGCUCGUGUGUGUCUUUGACCUAUAAAAAUGUUAUUUGUAGGACAUAGCAGGAACUCAUGUGUUGGAGGCUCAGUGAGCUAGUAAAAGCUUCUUUCUCAUUAUGGAGGGAGCCUAUUUGCAUGCUAAUUAACCAGCCUGCUCUUCCAGCUCAUUGAUGUUUCACUGACAUGCUGAGAUGCCAUCUAUGGAAACUGUGUGCAAAGCAGAACCAAAGACAGCUCCUGCUUGAAGCUGAAUAAAUGCUGAGGGACAUUUAUUUAAGGCAAAUGGCAGGCUGGAAGGUCUGACCUCCCCGGGCUGGGCAGCCGCAGCCAAAGGCCUGUUUUAGACUAUGAGACAAAAAGCUCACAGCUCUUUAGUAAAAGACUCUCCUAAAAAGUGCAGAGCUGUUUGGUUGUGCAGCCUUUUCUAGUCUUCCAAAAUCUGCCUACUGCUUCCCAUCGCUCCCUUGUGACUGCUGCAGAAAACUGCCGGAUACAACAGAUUCCUAUAUGAAUUCCAUAGCAUGCAACAUAUUCCCCUUUGCGAUGCUAGCAUCGCGCAGGCUUGCUCCAGAGCACUGUGCUGCCUUCCUGUGGAGCAGGAGCUGCUCCAGGGAGCCCACACCCUGCUGCAGUGGGCCGAGCACUGGCACACCAGAGAGCUCCCAGCCUGCAGGCCCUGCUCUCUGCUGCUCUGUUCUUCUUUCUCGUGCUAUCUCCAUGAGACGUCCCUAAACUAUCCCAUUGUUUAUGAUAUUAGCUUAUUGUGUUAACCUAUGUCCUUCAACAAAUGAGCAGCUCUUUCUAGUUAUAAAAGGAUAUAAGGUUUUGGUGGUAGGAAAAAAAAUCACCAAAAAGUGUAAUAGCAAUGGAGUGUAUUAAAUUCCUUUUUAAUUCAACUUCUCUGCACAGGAAGCUUUUAGUGACAGAGCUUGAAAGAAGAGUUCUUAAAGGCCAAGUGUCAAAAGGAUAUUCUAGAGUCAAAAGGAUUUUCAAAAUGUCAUUAAUUUUAAUUGGCAUUAGGGAACAAAUUAGAAAGGAUAUAGGUGGAGUUCUGCUCUGUGAUACAAGAGAUUUCGUUAAUGACAUCUAAUAUCUAAAGUUGAAAAAGUAGUAUGUUUUCUGAUAAAUAGGCUCUCUUCAGACACAACUUACCUGUGGUUGAUUGCUGCUGUCAUACAGCCUCUUCUCCAAGAUAACAGCAAUAGAAUGAGAGGGAAUGGCCUUAAGUUGCACCAAGUGAGGUUCAGAUUGGAUGGUAGGGAAAGUUCCUUCUCAGUAAGAGUGGUGAUGCAUUGGCACUGGCUGCCCGGGGAGGUGGUGGAGUCACUGUCCCUGGUGGUGUUCAAGAACUGUGUAGAUGUGGCACUGAGGGAUGUGGCUAGUGGGUGUGGUGAGAGUGGGGUGGAAUUGGACUAGGUGAUCUUGGUGGUUUUUUCAGCCCUGAUGGUUCUAUGAUUCUGUGAUUCUAUCUGUGAAUCCCUCAAGCAAUCUUUCCAGUCAGAACGACUUAUCACACUGCUCCACUCUCUGACACAGUUCUCUGUAGAUAUUCUGGAGAUAUUCAAGUCUUGCCUGGACGCCUACCUGUGCGACCUGGUGUAGGGAACCUGCUUUGGCAUGGG